AUGAGCACAGGAAGGAGUGUGUGGCAUGCCACUGAAAUCAACAAGAAGGGCGGGGCCCCUCGCGCCUUCGCCAAAAAGACGCUGAGCUGGCGGCUGCUGCGGGAGGGCUACAGCGGCCAGCUGCCCGAGGCCCAGCAGAGGUCCGUCCUCCGCCUGGCCUUCCGCAUGUGGAGCGAGGUGACCCCCCUGAGCUUCCGGGAGGACCUCGCGGGCCCCGGGGCCACCGUUGACAUAAAGCUGGGUUUCGGACGAGGCCGGCACCUGGGCUGCCCGCGAGUUUUUGAUGGGAUCGGGCAGGAGUUUGCACACGCCUGGCACCUGGGCGACAUUCACUUUGACGAUGACGAGCACUUCACGCCUCCCACCAGCAGCAUGGGCGUCAGCCUACUCCAGGUGGCCGUCCAUGAAAUUGGCCAUGUCCUCGGCUUGCCUCACACCUACAGGACAGGAUCCAUAAUGCAGCCGAAUUACAUCCCCCAGGGGCCUGCAUUCGAGUUGGACUGGUCAGACAGGAAAGCAAUUCAGAAGCUAUACGGUUCCUGUGAAGGCUCCUUCGAUACCGCAUUUGACUGGAUUCGCAAGGAGAGAAACCACCGCGGGGAGGCGACGGUGAGGUUCAGCACUUAUUUCUUCCGCAACAGCUGGUACUGGCUGUAUGAGAACCGGAACAACCGGACGCGUUACGGGGACCCCAUCCCCAUCCUCACUGGCUGGCAUGGAGUCCCGGCACAGGGCAUCGACGCCGUCGUCCACAUCUGGACGUGGAGGAGAGAUGAGCGUUAUUUUUUUAAAGGAAAUCAAUACUGGAGAUACGACAGUGACAGGGAUCAGGCCCUCACGGAAGAUGAACACGGGAAAGGCUACCCCAGGCUGAUUUCAGAAGGGUUUCCUGGCGUCCCGAGUCCCCUGGACACUGCAUUUUAUGACCGAAGGAAGCAGCUGAUUUACUUCUUCAAAGGCUCCCUCGUGUUUGCCUUCGAUGUCAACAGGAACCAAGUCCUCAGUUCCUACCCGAAGAGGAUGACAGAAGUCUUCCCAGCGACAGAGCCUGGGAACCACCCGCUCAGAAACCUGGACUCGGCCUAUUACUCCUACGCACACAAGUCUGUCUUCCUCUUCAAAGGCAGCGCCUACUGGCGAGUGGCGAGUGACGGGGACAGGCGGCGGGGCGCCUGGCUUCCUCCCAACAGCGUGUUCCCCAAGGAGCCCAUCUCCGGGAAGUGGUUCGACGUGUGCGAUGUCCACACCUCCACCCUGAGCAUGGCAUGAGGAAACAGGCUGACGGAGGGAGCCGAAGGACUCCUCUCCUAAGAUGUCGAUUUCUUAGAGAAAACCCACUAGGUUUUCAGUAACCAAAACGAAUGGAGCUCCCUAGGUUAAAACCAAUGGAAAAAGUAUUAUUGAGCUUUUUAAAAUACUUGAUUUAAAAAUC